CCUCUGACAGGCAGUGGGGUGUGUGAGUGUGUAUGUGACUACCUCGACCCACAGCCCAUAGCCCGAAUAACAUUAGGAGGAAAAUGGACGGAGUGGGUUCAUUUGGUGCUGGCAGAGCCGGGGCUGCGUUCGACCCUAUUGCCUUUAUUCAACAGCCGCAGACCAUCCUUAGACUAUUAUCAUGGAUCUUCUCAAUAGUAGUGUUCGGAUCCAUAAUAAAUGAAGGCUAUGUCAACCACAACAGUGAGAGGCUCUAUUGUGUUUUCAACAAAAACAACAAUGCCUGCAACUAUGGGACCACAAUAGGGCUUAUAGCCUUUUUAGCCUGUAUUUUCUUCAUUAUCCUUGACAUGAAGUUCCAGCAGAUCAGCAGUAUUAAAGACAGGAAGAAAGCAGUCAUGCUGGACAUUGGAUUUUCAGGUUUCUGGGCUUUUUUGUGGUUUGUUGGUUUCUGUUUCUUGGCCAACCAAUGGCAGCGCACCACUCCAGAUAAGCUUCCCUUAAACCAGGGAGCGGAUGCCGCAAGGGCUGCUAUUACCUUUUCCUUCUUCUCCAUCUUUACCUGGGCUGGCUUGACCGCAAGAGCAGUGCAGAAGUACAUGCUAGGAACCGACAUGAAUCUCUUCACCACAGAACACGUUGACGGCAUCCCACCUAUCCAGCCCUACCCCACCGGCCCGAUCACUGAGCCCAACGACACAUACCAGAGCCCACCCUUCACUGAAAACCUGGAUUCCACCGCUCCAACCUACCAGGUGCCAAUUUACUAGAGCGGUUUCAAGCCGAGUCCAUGUGCAACAUCAGAAUCAGUGUAGAUGGUUGGCACUGGUCAAACUGAAGUGGUGUGACAAUGUUCAUAGGUAGUACUGUUCUGUGAACUUCUGUACAAGAAUAUGUUGAUUGUGAUUUCACUUUUGUUUGGAAUGUUAAAUGUUAAUUUAUCAGGUGGAAUUAAACUGAUUGAGGGGUAUGAGUUUUAGUGUUGUUCAAGUAUUGAAAAGGAAAGCAGUUUGUUUGCAUGUUAUACUUAGAGGGCUAUAAAGUGCCAUGCAACCCAAACAAUAACAUAUAUUUAGUUUCCAGGCGGCUGGGUACUGAGUAAAAUAUAAAUGGAAUCAAUCAAUUUAAAAAGUUCUCCAACUAAAAGCUGCCAAAACCGUCUUGACUUAAGUGAGGUGUCUCCUAAGCGGUUUGAGUUCUGAUGUAUAUACGUGUGUCUAAUGGGUAUCUUGGUGUAUAAAAAAGAUAUACAUGUUGAAUCAGUGUUUGAUUUAUUAAUGGCACUAAAUGUGUUUUGUCUAGGCGUCAAACCUGGGUUGACUUUUGUAGUUUAGGACGUGUGAAGAUUUCUGAGCAUAAAACUAACAAGGUUAAAUGUGUCCCACAAAAAAAUAUAUCUUAGUCACCAAUAUCGAUGUAUGUGUUGUCACUAUGACAUCGAUAACCACAGAUCUAAUCAAACGUUUAAUGAUGUGGUCAGCAGGUAAAAUAAAUCUUUUAUAAGUAUACAAACUUUGACAAUAUCAAACUUGGUAAGUAUUAAAACGAAGUAUGUAAUUUAAAAUAUAUAUGCCAGUGGUCUUCAAAAUGAUGUGUUUGGGACUCUAUGAAACCCUUCAACCAAUUUGGUGGUUUUAAAAGAAAAAAGCUGUUCGGUGACCAUCAUCAGUGCUCCAUUCGGUAUGUGAUUGAAUUUUGGUAAUGUUUCUGUAUUCAGAGAUGGGACAAAACACACAAAAGAUAGUGAUUGUAUUUCAAUACAUGUAAAUGGAGUAUGUUUGUUAAGUGGUCAGGGUCUUGUGUUUCCUGUUCUUAACGCUGCACUCCUAUGAAAACGCCUCAUGGACCAACUUUACUGGACAGUUUCAGAGAAAUCGAGGCAUGUUUUGCUGGUUCAAAAUUUGCACCCCUAAAGAAGCAUUAGAGAUGGGGAACAUAUUGAAAUUAAAAUCUUAAUGCCUUAUAUAGUUAUGAAGGACAAAGUGAAAAGUUUGCCCCAGUAAAACUGCUUUCGAGGCCUUGUCCAUGACUCUUUUUAAACACAUUAUAAAUUUUACAAAUAUAACCCUUUCUGUGAGUGAAAGUUGAACACAAACGAUUUUGUUGUUGUCAAUCAAAUUGUCUUCAGACUGCAGUUGUCAAACAUUAUGAAAAUAAAGAGACAUGUUUUUCAUUAA